AUGGACACAAAAAUGAAAGAUUUGGACAACAAUUCAGAUGCUCAAACUAAUCGAUCUCAACCGCCACCAUACUCCGGUUCUCCUGAACAAGCAACCGUAGUGCAACCAAGUAGCGCAAAUGUACAUGGGAUGACAAUUAUACAAGGACCCACAGUCGGCCCAACUUUGAUUGUAGGACACAAUGUGGGUCCGGGACCUACCGGCUCCUACUGCACGACGUGCAACCAAAAUAUUGUCACUAGGGUGGAUAGAGUUGCUUCGGCGAAAACACAUUUGUUUGCUGCGCUGCUGUGCGUCGUAAGUGGCUGCCUCUGCGCGUGGAUUCCUUACGUUAUGGACUCCUUUAAGACAACUAAUCAUUACUGCCCCAACUGUGGAGUAUUCAUCGGAUCGCACUCGUGA